AUGCCCUCCAACAACAACAACAACAACAACAACAACAGCAGCAAUAAUGUCGAAAGCUGGGACGACGAUCUGGACUUCCAGGGCGACCUCUUCACCCAUUCCGUGUCUACCGUGCAAACCUCCUUCUCCUCGCGUGUAUCCACUCGAUCCGAAUCACUAGCUGGCGAUGAAGACUGGCAGGUUCUUCUCACUCCGAACGAUGACUUGUCAACGCAGAGAGCGAUCGAUUCUGCCAAAGAAGCUGGCAUCCCAAUACCGAAAACCGUGCCUCCAUCUGCGCUUCUUGGUGGUUCAAUCAAACGACUCGGCAAAAAGUCAUCUAGGCCAAAAGUGCAGAUUGGUGAAGACUGGGGCGAUGAUCUGGACCUGCCGGAGCAAAUGGGUGGUUUGAAAUUGAGGACACCACAGUUACCAAAAACACCUGCCGAGGAUCAAGACGACUUUGAUGACUGGGGCGAGGGAAGUCUGGGUAUCAGACACGCAGGAACUCGGCGCGGAGAUGGUGGGCAUCGCAGUUCCUCGAUCUCUGCGAUAAGUCCAAGUCUAGGCAGUUGCAUGACUGUGGAGAGCGAAGACGACGAUUUCACCGGGCUGGUCCUUCCUACUGAGCCUGUAGACUUCAAUGCCCGCCUCAGGAAACUCAAAGAGAAGGACCAGGAAGAUGCUCAACCUACGUCACACCCACUACAACCACAAGAACAGCAAUUGCCCCAGACUCCUCCUCAGCCUCUACUCCCCGAUCAAAGAAGUGAGAAGAAGUCCGAAAACGUAGUCGAAGACUUUCUGGACGGACUUGAUAUUGGCGAUGACCUGGAUACAAAGAAGCACACUCUCAAUCGCAACGUGAAGAUAAAUUCUAGUCGAGCCCAGACUCCACUUCCGCGACCAGCCACCACCUUGACUUUCACGGACAAGCCAUCUUCGUCGCGCAUUCCUCGACUGCUGUCGAGUGGGAAGCCCAACAAGCUGGAUCCAGUCUACGAGAGCGGAGCGCCUCAAGCGCCAAAGCAUCGUGCAGCGCCCACGACUAGGCACGAUCAACUACUACGCCUGAAGCGUUCUGCGCCAGCUCUACGCAGCCAUACUCCCUCCACUCAACAUGCGCGAAAUCCAUUACCAUUUAUACCGGGUGGUGCCUCCCGAGCACAAUCUCACCAUGCCGCAUCCAAAGCGUCGAAUCAUUAUCGACGAGACUCAGACCCUGCUCGCGCUCAUUCCCCAAGUAUGCGCUCGUACUCGCGUUUGUCAGGCCACGGUAAUGUCCCAGACACACCCAGCCGAACAACGACCAGUCGUUCUGGCAUGCGCAAGGACAUCGCGCCUGCUGCUCUGGCCCGUGAGGCAGCUUCAAAACGUCUGUUCACCAAGCCAGCCAAGAGACGCGCUUUUGGAGAUGGCUCAGAGCUCGAUGCGUUCGACGAUUUGCCAACUUCGGCGACAAAGGAACACAAGUUUGUCAAGACACCGGCGAACCGGACGCCUGUGCAAAAAACUCUGCGGCACACCACUAGUUCCGCUCGUCUACCUAUGCCCGACCGGAACCAGACACCCGCGCCACCAGCCACCCCUCGAAGCCCUACGAGACCUCUCGAAAACAGCACUCCCAGGUUCGCCCGGGACACUGCUGCUAGUCGCAUCGCUCGAGAACAAAGGCUUGCAGGAACCCGCUCAAGAGCCGAAGGUCAGACACCGGCUACGCAUACUACACAUACGAACUGGAAAGCCCAUGUUGCUGCUCAUAGCCCACAUAACAGUCCGGUGCAGAAAAGGAAGGGAACCGGUCAGAAGCCUCAUCUGAUCAAGCCGAUGUCUACACCUAUAGUGAAAAACGAGAAGGGCAUGGUGUAUAACCCAAUUCUACAUCGCUGGGAAGGGAAUGACACCGCCUUGAACACGUUCAAUCUGGCCAAUCAGUCUAACACAUCUCUUGCUUCGGCCGCGCCUAUCCCGACAGGACAGGCCUCUAAUCCUUUCCUGCAACAGCUGAUCUCGGCUCCUCAUGGUACCUUGCACCCUGGCGUUAUUUUCCCGCCGCGACAAAGCUCUCCGACAUCUCACUCGCCCCCUCGACCGGCUCUGAUCAGUCAAAUGAGUACAGCCCGGAAUCAAGUCCAGGUUGAGCGCGGGAUGGUGUUUGAUCCACUUCGCAUGAAGUGGCUGAAGAUAUCAUCUCACCGCCAGUCUGAUGCGUCCAACCCUGAUGCGUCUCCUUCAGUCGAGGAUGAAGAGGAUCCUUUCGCUGGUCUGGAAGACCUGAAGGACGAGACAACACAGCCACACUCAACGAAGAACUCAUUAGGCCCGGGGGAGCUACAACCCGCCAUUGAAGAUACUGCAUUCGUCAGCGAAGAGUUUGACCUCGGUCCGGAAUUCAUUCGACGGCAGACUGAUGAGGAGAAGAUCUGGCGGAAGCGUACAGAGGGCUGGGUUGGCAGCCAAAGAGAGAGUCUGGGAGAUGGAUGGCGAUGGUCAGUAAGAGACCUAGCGAGGCUGGCAGCUGAGGCAGCCAUCAACCAAGCAGAAGCGAGUUCGAGCACAACAACCGGGCCAUACGGCACGAUCAAGGGCCUGAGGAGAAUGGAGAGCUUCCGGAAGAGCGAGUGGUAG